CAUUUCUUCCUGUCCUGAGAACGAGUUUGGAUCUUGCGUGACCUCUGUUUCUGUGAGAAGACUCAGGACCCCUGUGGCCAUUUAAAUAUGUCACGCAAAAAUCUGCAGCCACAAGUUCAGCUUAUUGGCGUCACAUGCAAAGCUACAGCAUGCUGAAAAUCUGAAAUCUGGAGAUGUUUUAUUAGAUUUGACCAAGUUCUGUUAUCAUGCUGAAGCGCUUUAUGCUGAUGUAUAUCCUAAAUUGUACAAAAGCAAUGUUGGAGAAAACUAAACGUAAAACGACACCAACAGUAACACUGAAGGGACGAAUCAAGUGAUAGGUGGUUGAAGAAUUCACAUGAUAUACAUCCCAUCUUUAAAGGCAGACGUAGCAAACUAUACGAGUGAUCGAGGUGCCCUCCAAUUGUAAAUCAAAAUGAAAAGGAUUGGAAGGUCAAACUGACCGAUCAGGGGUCCCCUGAGCGUAAGCGUUCUCGUUCUUUUAGGGCGCGAAUACAUGGCCUGCUGUCAGUGGAUCAAAGUCCGUUGAUGUUGUUGUUGUUUUCAUUAUUCCUUGUUCUUCCGUUCUGUUUGAUUUCCCACCGGAGUUACCCGGUUUUAAGAACCCUGGGGCAUCUUUCUCGGGAGACCAUUGAAUGCAAAUAAUGUAACCAUUAGUUUGAAAUUCAACCUCUUUCCCAUGGUCUUUUGUCACUCGCUCUUAUAAAAGAAAGAGAUGGGAUCCUGGGAACAAGGUUGUCUGAGAACUUGGACAAUGUCGGACGAAAGUAAAGUAAACGAAGGGCAAUUGACCCUGAUACGUCCAGUAGUCGACAUGGAUGAGGCAGUUCGUCUAGCUUGUACACUGUAUGGCCUAAAAUUAUCAGAUAUCUGUCAUGUCAAGGAAUUUGAAGGUUAUGAUGAUCGAAAUUUUUACUUGAAAGGAACGCUUCCACAUCACGUAGAUUUUGCACAUGACCGGCUUAGACAGAAUGGAGAUGAAUUCGUUUUGAAGAUUCUAAACCACGUGGAUUCCCAAGACAUUGUUUAUGUGCAAGGGCAGAACGAAGCUUUGUUAUUCCUAAAAGAAAUGGGAUUUAACUGCCCUGCUCCGAUUAAAGCUUUAAAUGGUGAAUAUGCUGUCACUUGCGCAAUUAAGUGCGGGAAUGCAGAGACAAGCGAUGGCAACAAACAGCUUGAGCGAAUUCAUGUCGUUCGACUUCUUAGCUUCGUUCCAGGGAAGCUUCUCGUGGAUGUUCCUUACAAGGCUGAACUUCUCUUCUCUCUGGGUUGCUAUACCGCCAAGAUGGAUAAAGUACUACAGGAAUUUAACCAUCCUGGUGUCAGUUCUUUAGCCAAGAAGGAGUGGGAUUUGUCCCAGAUACACACUAUUAAAAGUUACAUUCCUAGUGUAACUCAAGAUGACAGAGAACAAAAAAUGUUAACUCUCAUUUAUAACAAGUUUACAAAUGAUGUUCUUCCACAGCUCAAGAAUUUCUCAAAACAAGUAAUCCAUGGUGAUCUUAAUUUUGAGAACAUACUCGUUGAGCCAAAUCAGUGUGGGGAGGAGUAUGAAGUAGUCAGCGUCAUAGAUUUUGGAGACAUGAGUGUCUCUUAUAGGUUGUUUGAUGUUGCUAUCAGUAUGAUGUACAUAAUUCUGCUUGGAGUACGACAAGGGCACUCACACAAUGAGGCUAUACAGAUGACUGGUCAUGUUCUCUGUGGCUAUCAAAGUAUUUGGAGCUUGACUCAGUCAGAGCUUGGGCUUUUGUACUGGUCAGUGGCUGCCAGAUUCUUCCAAUCCUUUAUAAAUGGAGUGUACAAACAGUCCUUGGAACCUGAGAAUCCCCAUUUGUCAGAUGAUUGUGAGUUAAUAAUGGGUAUUCUUCAAUCCUAUACAACCUUGACAGGAGAAGAGGUUUUGAAUUUGUGGUUAUCACUUGCCUAAUCAUGCAAAUUCAAGCCCUGACUUGAAAAUGCCAGAAAGAAACAAACAUACGCAGCUAGGUGUUAUUUGCACAGUGCCUCAUAUAUCUACUGUGGGUAAUCAAUUGGUAAAAGAUCCUUCUACCAUCACUAUCUCUCAGAUAAUCUAAGUGAAAUGUAAGGUUUAUAUUUGUAUAGUUUUCUACAGUAUGGGAUAAGUUUGGUGUUGUUUGGUAAAGUUCACUGUAGUUUGGUGAAC